CGUUGAUUGCUAGACGUGCCGGUGGGAUCUGUCUGGAGAGAGAGCGUGUGUGGUUUUGUGAUUGUGGAGGGGACGGAAGAGAGAUCGAGAGAGCGAGAGGCAUUGCCUUUGAUCUAUGCAAGCGACGAUCGACGCGUCCAUUUUCCGGCGGUAUUUCGUGGAGAUAGUUUGAUAGUCACCCUUCCUUAUGAGCUGGUUUGAUAACCUCAGUUUUUCGUCGAAUCUCAGCCGCUUCAUUGCCGGCAUCAUCAUCUUGAUCUUUUAUCAUUCGUUUCAAUUGGUUUCUAAUUUCUUGACUCCUAUACACCCUUCAAAUUUUCAAUCUAAUCGCCGUUGAUCCUCCUACCUUCCUGUUAAGAUCUUCUGUUCCCUUCAUUCCCCUGACUGUUGUGACGCCCGUGAUCUGUUUCUCAUGGACCCAAAAGAUUUAUUCCCCUCCAAUUUGCUUGAUGGCACUAUUGCCUCACACAUCGAGAGGCAACGCAGGGCACCUCCUUCUGUUAUUGUUAUUGGUGCUGGAAUAUCGGGAAUUGCUGCUGCACGUAGUCUCUAUGAUGCUUCUUUCAAGGUGACUGUACUGGAGUCUCGGGAUAGGCUUGGUGGCCGUAUCCAUACAGAUUACUCAUUUGGUUGUCCAGUGGAUAUGGGAGCCUCAUGGUUACAUGGAGUUUGCAAUGAGAAUCCCCUGGCUCCAUUGAUACGUUCUCUCGGACUUUCGUUAUAUCGUACCAGUGGUGAUAACUCUGUCUUAUAUGACCAUGAUUUGGAAAGUUAUACGCUGUUUAAUGUAAAUGGCCAUCAAGUUCCUCAACAUAUAGUCGUUGAAGUUGGGGAAACUUUCAAGAGAAUCCUAGCUGAGACGGGAAAGGUGAGGGAUGAGCAUCCUGAUGACAUGUCAGUCCUUGAAGCAAUUUCUAUUGUGUUGGAUAGGCAUCCUGAAUUAAGGCAACAAGGACUUGCCCAUGAAGUGCUGCAAUGGUAUAUAUGCAGAAUGGAAGCUUGGUUUGCUGCUGAUGCAGAUAUGAUAUCACUUAAAACCUGGGAUCAGGAGCAUGUCCUCUCUGGUGGUCAUGGACUUAUGGUGCAAGGAUACGAUCCUGUUAUAAAAUCUCUUGCAAAAGAUAUUGACAUACGGUUGAACCAUAGGGUAACUAAGAUAUCCAAUGGAUACAACAAGGUGAUGGUCACGGUUGAAGAUGGCAGGAAUUUUGUUGCUGAUGCUGUUAUUGUAACAGUUCCUCUUGGAAUCCUCAAAGCCAAUUUGAUUGAAUUUGAACCAAGACUGCCUGAUUGGAAGGUUGCUGCAAUUUCAGAUCUUGGUGUGGGUAAUGAAAAUAAAAUCGCCCUAAGAUUUGACAAGGUGUUUUGGCCAAAUGUAGAGCUCAUGGGUGUUGUUGCUCCCACUUCUUAUGCUUGUGGCUAUUUUCUCAAUCUCCAUAAAGCAACAGGCCAUCCGAUUCUGGUCUAUAUGGCAGCUGGCAGAUUUGCUUCGGACCUUGAAAAGCUAACUGAUGAGGCAGCUGCAAAUUUUGUGAUGCAACAACUCAAAAAGAUGUUUCCCGAUGCUUCUGAGCCGGUUCAGUAUCUUGUGUCCCACUGGGGGACAGACCCAAAUACACUUGGCUGUUACUCGUAUGACUUAGUUGGAAAGCCUGAUGAUGUGUAUGACCGGCUUCGUGCACCUGUAGGGAAUCUAUUCUUUGGUGGGGAAGCGGUGAGCUUGGAUCACCAAGGAUCUGUGCAUGGAGCCUACUCUGCUGGAGUCAUGGCUGCUGAUAAUUGCCAGAGAUAUCUCUUGGCCAAGCAAGGCCACUUGACGGAGAAGCUGCCUCUAGUUACUAGCGUUAGGCAUGAAAUGCUUGAAACUGCUAUCCCCCUUCAGAUCUCUAGGAUGUAACUUUCCCUCACUAUGGAACUUCGACAAAUGAAAGUGCACUUCCUUGGGUUGUUCUUAAUCACUACCAACUAUUUCCAGAUGACAGUGUUGUAGUGCCAAGAAUCUGACAAGGAGUUGCUCCCUUUUAAGUAACAGUAUCAGCUUUCCAAGGAGUUAUGAUAAAUUUAAUUAAUAAAGUUCCUCUCUUUUAAGCAACA